CAGUUUGCACCGCAAAAGCAAGCGAAACGAAAGCAAAUCCCUCUCCGAAAAUGGAUCGCUGGCAGAAUCGCGUGGCUGUUGUGACUGGCGCCAGCUCGGGCAUUGGUGCCGCCUGCUGCCGGGAUCUGGUGGCCAAGGGCAUGAUCGUCGUGGGUCUGGCACGUCGCGAGGAGCGGCUGCAGGAGCUCAAAGCAGCGCUGCCAGCCGAGCAGGCCGCCCGCUUCCAUGGCCGCAAGUGUGAUGUGAGCCAGGAGCAGAGUGUGAUCGAGACCUUCGCCUGGAUCGAUGCCACAUUGGGCGGCGCUGAUGUGCUCGUGAACAAUGCCGGCAUCGUGCGGACUGCAUCGAACAUUGUGAGUGAGGGCAACGGGCCGGACUUGCGUGCCAUUCUGGACACCAAUGUGCUGGGCGUGGCGUGGUGCACGCGCGAAGCCUUCCGCUCGCAGCAGCGGCGCAAUGUGCUCGACGGACACGUGGUGAUCGUCAACAGUGUGGCCGGACACCGCGUGCCCAUCACAGGCUUCAGCCUCGGCAUGUAUGCCCCCUCCAAGCAUGCCGUGACCGCUCUGACCGAGGUGCUGCGCCAGGAGUUCCUCAACAAGAAGACCCAGACCAAGAUCACAAGCGUGAGUCCCGGCGCUGUCGAUACAGAGAUCAUCGACAAGAAACUUUUCGAGCAGAUGCCCAAUCUGCCGAUGCUGCGCUCGGAGGAUGUCGCCGAUGCCGUCUCCUACUGCAUUCAGACACCGCCCAAUGUGCAGAUCCACGAGCUGACCAUCAAGCCCAUUGGAGAGUCUAUUUAACCAUCGUUCUACCCAUCG